UCUUUCACCUGCACUCAGUGUGGAAAGAGUUUGACAAGCAAAUAUAAUCUUGAUGUUCACAUGAGAAUUCACACUGGAGAGAAACCAUUCACUUGUGUUAAGUGUGGAAACAGUUUCACACAAUCUUCAAGCCUUAAAAUACACAUGAACAUCCACACUAGAGAGAAACUGUACACAUGUGAUCAAUGUGGCACAACAUUUUUGAGAGCUUCAGACCUGAAGAAACACCAGAGAGUUCAUACAAAGGAGAAGCCACAUUCAUGUCAUUUGUGUGAAAAGAGCUUUUCAUGUUUACAAUAUUUGAAAAGACAUCAGAAAAUACAUACUGGUGUGGGAGAGUACAUGUGCUUUGAGUGUGAAAAGACUUUUACUUCAGCGAGCAGUUUAAAACAGCAUGAGAGGAUUCACACUGGAGAAAAACCUUAUAAGUGUUCACACUGUGAGAAGAGAUUCAGUCUUUCAACACAUUUGAAAACACAUGAGAGGAUCCACACUGGAGAGAAAACUUACAAGUGCACUGCAUGUGUGAAGUGUUUCAGUCAUUCAUCUGCUUUACACAGACAUACAAAAAACAUUCACAGUAAGUAG